CCCGAAUUCAGGGUCCGCCUAAGUAAGGGCGGUUCUGGAGAGUAAAUCUCGAGUGCCGCACAACUUCAUAUCUCAGGUUUAUGGCUGCUUUGACCUUGCCCUUUUCAUAGAAAACGAUCCCGGUUUCCUGUAUUGAGUUAGCCCAGGCUGCGGGUACAGGUAGCCUAAGUCCUCUGCUCAAGGUCGCACAAUCAGUCACGGAAGAGCCAGAAUUUGGAUGCUUGCCUUUCUCUUCCCUCUGAGCAGGUGUGUCAACAUAAAAACGAAACUCCCCAAAGAUUUCUACCCCAGGAACAGACCUUUGCUCAUGUAAUGGGAUGAGGUAUUAAAACCACAGAUUGUUGACUGGAAAAGGCAGGCAUCAUGUUCACAGCACCUGGCAUGGCAGCGGUUGGGGGAAGACCUUAUUCCUGCAGUGAAUGUGGCAAGAGUUUUCGGUACAGUGCAGUGCUGCUGCGGCACGAACGUGCCCAUGGUGGUGACAAGCGUUUCCGCUGUCUAGAGUGUGGUGAACGUUGUGCUCGAGCCUCAGAUCUGCGUGCGCACAGGCGGACCCAUGCUGGCCAGACCCUCUACGUCUGCAGUGAGUGCGGCCAGAGCUUCAGUCACAACAGCCUGCUGGACCUGCACUUGGGGACGCACCGGAGGCGCAGCCACACCUGCCGUUGCCGCCUCUGUAGCCGCCGCUUCCCUCACGUCCCUGCACUGCUGCUGCAUCGGGUCCGUCAGCACCCACCGGAGAAGCCACACCGCUGCCCACUGUGUGCCCGCUCCUUUCGGCAGAGUGCUCUUCCUUUUCACCUGGCACGGGCACACCCCCCGGAGACCACCACUGCCACCGCCCCUUCCCCUAGCACGCUCCACCACUGUACACAGUGCCCACGGGCCUUCCGUAGCAGUGCUGGGCUACGGAAUCACUCCCGUAUCCACGUGGUCCUCAGUCUCAGCGACCCUGGCGCUGAGGCCCACCAGUGUGGUGUGUGUGGUAAGAACUUCAGCAAGAGUUCCACGCUUACACGACAUCUCCAGAGGCACUCAGGGGAGAAGCCUUUCAAGUGCCCCGAGUGUGGCAAGGGCUUCUUGGAGAGUGCCACGCUGGUACGGCACCAGCGAACACACACUGGGGAAAAGCCAUAUGCGUGUAACGACUGUGGACGCUGCUUUAGCGAGAGCUCCACACUACUGCGUCACCAGCGCAGCCAUCAGGGUGAACGGCCACAUGUGUGCCCCACUUGUGGCAAGGGCUUUGGACAGCGCUAUGACCUUGUGGUGCACCAGCGCAGCCACACUGGCGAGAGGCCCUUCCCAUGCCCAGAGUGCGGCCGGGGCUUCACAGACCGCUCAGACCUCACCAAACACCUGCGCACACACACGGGGGAAAAACCUUACCACUGUGAGCUGUGUGGCAAGCGAUUCACCUGCAUCUCCAACCUCAAUGUGCAUUUGCGCAAUCAUGCUGGCCAUAAACCACACAAGUGCCCAGAGUGUGGCAAGUCCUUCAGUGUUGCCUCCAAACUUGCACUGCACAGAAAGACACACCUAGGUGAGCGGACAGCAGAGUGCACGGAAUGUGGCAAAUUCUUUAGCCAUGGCCGGUCACUGUCACAGCACCAGCGGUCCCACAGACGUGCUCGAGCAGCUGCAAUGGCAGCCACUGCCACUACCACUGUAGUCACUGAGGUGACAGUAAGUCCUCCCCUUGCCCUCUCAGGGCCAAUGCAACAGGAAAAACCAGGGCUCUUGGUGUCUCCAUUUCAGGAAACUUGCUAAGAGGACCCCAUGACGGGUAUGGGUGGACACACAUUGAGCCCCAAGGAACAGGGCAGCUCAGAUGGUUGGAAGCCAGACCUACUGCUGUUGCAUUGUUGCUAGGUAUUCACCUAGCUUGCCUUGUCUCUAUACUGAGAUCCCCACCAGCUCUUCCAUCAUCCAUCCUUCUGUUCCCCAACUCUGAAUGCUAGGAGUCAGGGAACCAACACCACAUCCCUAUGCAAGAUAGACUAGGUGUUUGUGCUCUGUUGCUGCCAUUCUCUCUCUCUUGUUGGUGUGGGUCUUCAGGGAACAUUUCUUGCUUCUUAUCGAUCUGUUCUCUCUACUGCUUUCUCUUGCUUGAGACAUGUAGUUGCAGAGGUGAAACACAGGCAGUAUGGAGGACUGAAAUGGCUCCCUUCAUUAAGGACCAAAAUUUGUGACAAGUUACUCCCUUGAAGAGGUAAAAGUAGGCAGAGUCAUCAGCCUGGCUAGCCAUAUGUCCUUUUACAAGAUGCUUCUUAGGGCCCAACAAAAUGUUUCAACACCAGUUGACAAGCUGAGUUUGAUCUCUUGAACCCACAUAUGUACCAUCCAUGGCACAUGUGCACACACAAAGAAGUAAUUUCCCCCUCUCCCAGUAAAUGGCUCUUAGGACAGUUUUCUCUAGCCAGGUAAGAAUUGUUUGCCUUGGGAUGCAGCCCAGGACUGACUGUGUGGGUCCAUAAAGCUCAGUGACACCAUGUGAAAGAAAAUAUUUACAGAUGAAGCUUCAAGGCACGGGGAAACAAGUUUCCUGGAGUCCUGGGCACGGGCAGGAUGUAAAGCCUGGAAUUGGUCAAUGACUGCUUAUAGGUGGUGAAAUUGUUACUUGUUUGGGUUUGUGACACCAAGAACCCCUCUGUCAAAAUGAGUUCCAAGUUCUCAUCCCUUUUGGUGGUGGUUUCUUCAUUGCUGUGACAAAAUGCCUGAGAAAAUCAAUUUAAAGAUUUAUUUUGGCUCGUA